CUUUUUUCAUAACUAGAAGUUAUUGCUAUUAGUUGUUUGCUAUUAGUUUUGUGCAAUUACAUUGAAGACAGGGGCUAACGUUAUGAAGUUUAUUUUAGAAUUUAUAUUCGGUUGUUCUGGAUAUCUGCUACAUCACUGACAGGAAACCCACAAGUUAAAACCAUCUCCAACACCCCACCCUGACUCUCAAACUGAAAAAGUGGAAGGAAGUUUCAGCGGUUGUCUUGCCAUUUACUGUUUCUUGUGGGUGGCUAAAAACUAAAGUAGCUGAAACAAUGAAGGUGAUGCAGUCAAUUUAUACAUUCGUGUUCUUUAUAAUAUGUCAACAGAUGGUAACCUUUUCAGACAACAUAACAGAUAAUUCAACAACUGGUACAGAAGCAACAGCAACAGCAUCUACACUGAAUAUCACAUCAAUCUCAACUGCUUCAGCAACAACUGCAGAAACAACAACAAAUAUAUUGUGUGGAUCAUCCUCACACGAUUCAGUGACUGCUACUAUACACCAAACUUACUCUAAUUCAACAACAAGUACGGAAACAACAAAACCAACAAAUACUACAACGAAUGUUAAAUCAGUAACAAACAAUUCAAUGCCUACUGUAAACCAACCUUACGCAGUUCUUCACUAUAUGAUCUAUCCCGUUGCAUUUGUGGUUGUCUUCAUUGUUGGACUACUUGUAUGCUGGAGAAAAAAUCGGAACAAAGGUUUUGAAGAAAUUGGUGACACAGAUUACGCAGAGGUGCAGCUGCCAAAACCAGCUGACAAUGAUGAUGAGAACCAACAGGAAUCUGACUAUGCAGUUGUGAUGGAACUAAAGACAUCCGAAAAUGAAAAUCAGGAAACUAAGGACUCUGACUAUGCCCUUCUCCAGGAACCAAGAGUUGUUGAACAAAAUUGCCCGCAUAACAUAGACUCGGAUUAUACAGUUGUGGAAUACCUAAACACAGAUGAAAAAAAAACUAAGGACUCUGACUAUUCCCUUAUCCAGAAACCGAAUGCUGCUGAACAAAAGGACAGCAAAGAUCCAGACUAUGCAGUUGUUCAGAAACCAAAAGUAGACAGGCAAAAAGCUCUGGAAAAUAAGGACUCUGACUAUUCCCUUGUGCAGGCAUUAAAAGAUGCUGAACAAACUCCAGAAAAUAAAGACUCUUCCCUUGUGCAGGCAUCGAAAGACAAUGAACAGAGUGAGCUGACUCUCUUCUAUAUCUGCCAUGUUCACCUUACGCCUAAUCAUGCUUGAAAUAAUUAGCUCUUUAUAUUAAGGUUUUAUAAAUGCCGUUUUAAAUGUAUAAUAUAUAUAUAUAUAUAUUUGUACCCUCUUUGAACAACCUGGAGUGUUUUAUUACACUUAUAAAACGGCACCCAACGCCAGACCAACCCCUCCGCUGGUUGUCAAGGGAACCAGAUAAAGUGGCUCUAAAAGUUCCAAGCUGUGCCGGUACAGUGACAUAUUCACACAGGUUGGAACACUUGUUAGCCAAUGAGAUUGCUCCCUCUAUUCUUGCCAUUUUAUAACCUAAAGUGAUAAUUU